CUGAGCCCCUUCUAUUUCCUUCCCUUGUAGCGCAUGGAACAGAUGCUGGGUGCUUUCCAGAGUGACCUCAGCUCCAUCAGUUCCGAGAUCCGGACACUACAGGAACAAUCUGGAGCCAUGAAUGUUCGGCUCCGGAACCGCCAGGCUGUGCGUGGGAGACUUGGGGAACUUGUGGAUGGUUUGGUUGUACCCUCUGCCCUGGUCACGGCAAUCCUAGAGGCACCAGUGACAGAUCCUCGGUUCCUAGAACAGCUUCAAGAACUCGAUGCCAAGGCAGCUGCUGUCAGAGAGCAGGAAGCUCGUGGGACAGCAGCCUGUGCCGAUGUCAGGGGUGUGCUGGAUCGGCUUAGGGUCAAGGCUGUGGCUAAGAUCCGAGAGUUCGUCCUGCAGAAGAUUUAUUCAUUUAGAAAACCGAUGACUAAUUAUCAGAUCCCACAGACUGCCUUGCUCAAAUACAGGUUUUUCUAUCAGUUUUUGCUGGGAAAUGAGCGAGCAACAGCAAGAGAGAUCAGGGAUGAGUACGUGGAGACGCUGGGCAAGGUUUAUCUGUCAUACUCACGCUCCUACCUGGGGAGGCUCAUGAAGGUUCAGUAUGAGGAGGUGGCUGAGAAAGAUGAUCUGAUGGGUGUGGAAGACACAGCGAAGAAAGGAUUUUUUUCAAAGCCAUCUCUCCGAAGUAGAAACACAAUCUUCACCUUGGGGACCCGUGGCUCUGUCAUCUCUCCUACUGAGCUUGAGGCUCCCAUCCUGGUGCCCCAUACAGCCCAACGUGGAGAGCAGAGGUAUCCUUUUGAAGCACUCUUCCGGAGCCAGCACUACGCCCUCCUAGACAAUUCCUGUCGCGAGUAUCUCUUUAUCUGUGAUUUCUUCGCUGUCUCUGGCCCUGCAGCCCAUGAUCUUUUCCAUGCUGUGAUGGGUCGUACUCUCAACAUGACUCUGAAACAUCUGGAAUCCUAUUUGGCUGAUUGUUAUGAUGCCAUUGCUGUUUUUCUCUGUAUCCACAUCGUUCUCCGAUUUCGAAACAUUGCUGCUAAGAGGGAUGUUCCUGCACUGGACAGGUACUGGGAACAGGUUCUGGCUCUGCUGUGGCCUCGGUUCGAGCUGAUUCUGGAAAUGAAUGUACAGAGUGUCCGAAGCACUGACCCCCAGCGACUCGGAGGGCUGGAUACAAGGCCCCAUUAUAUCACUCGUCGUUAUGCAGAGUUCUCUUCGGCUCUUGUCAGCAUCAACCAGACAAUUCCCAACGAGCGGACAAUGCAGCUACUGGGACAGCUGCAGGUGGAGGUGGAGAACUUUGUGCUCCGAGUGGCAGCUGAGUUCUCCUCACGGAAGGAGCAGCUUGUGUUUUUGAUCAAUAACUAUGACAUGAUGCUAGGCGUGCUUAUGGAACGCGCAGCAGAUGACAGCAAAGAAGUUGAAAGUUUCCAGCAGCUGCUUAAUGCCCGAACACAGGAAUUCAUUGAAGAGCUUCUGUCCCCCCCUUUUGGAGGCCUGGUGGCAUUUGUGAAAGAGGCUGAAGGAUUGAUUGAGCGAGGGCAAGCAGAGCAGCUUCGAGGGGAAGAAGCCCGGGUGACUCAACUGAUCCGUGGCUUUGGCAGCUCUUGGAAAUCUUCAGUUGAAUCACUAAGUCAGGAUGUCAUGAGGAGCUUCACUAACUUCCGAAACGGGACCAGCAUCAUCCAGGGAGCACUGACCCAGCUGAUCCAGCUUUAUCACCGCUUCCAUCGAGUCUUAUCCCAGCCCCAGCUCCGAGGCCUCCCAGCCCGUGCAGAGCUCAUCAACAUUCACCACCUUAUGGUUGAGCUUAAGAAACACAAACCCAACUUCUGAUAUGAUUAUCCUUGGGAUUCUCCAGGAUACCUCUUGAUCCAUUCUAUCCCUAGGAUGCCUCCAGUUUUUCAGGGAUUAAAUUGCCCACCUAAUGAUUCCCCAGUCUCCAGACUCCUCACACGCCUCUGUUUCCAACCCUGUUAUUUCUUCGAGCCUUUGCCAGAUUCAGAGUAAUUUGGAUUCUCAUAGCCUACAUUGGAGUUCUCUCCAAACUGACACUGUCUUCUUGGUUCUGUGCUUCUAGCCAAUAAAACUUGGUGCCUCGGUGGUUUUUUUUUUAA